AUGAUAUUUUUAUUAUGCAUCUCCUCUGUUUUAGCUAGCUUUAAUACUCAAUAUGUAACUGAUUAGUUAGAAAUUCAACAUACCAAUUUGAAUAGUUCCAAAUCUUAUUUAUUGUCAAUGAUAAUAACACAAACUCCAACAAAUAAUUAUUGCUUACCUUUGCUGUAGGUAAUCAUAAAUGGCUAAAUUUAUAAUGAUUCAUUAGCUUAUUCGAUUAAAGCCAAUAUUUAAAAAGUCUAUUUUGAUUCAACUGAGAAUAUUACUAUCAAAGUUUGUUGUAAUGUCAUAGAUUACUUUAAAAAUCAAAAAAACAUCAAUAACACAAUGUAUUUUAAUUUAACACUCAACGAAGCUGUAAACUUAAUUUCUAAUUUUAGAAAUAAUAUAUAUCACCAACUUGUCAAUUUCCUAAUUAUGGAUAAAACUGCAGUCUUUCAAUUUAGUAAAUCCAAAAAGAAUUUUCUGUAACAAUAUUAAUUUUAAACAAUACAUGGUUUUAUGCAUACACUAUUCUAGAUGAUGAUAAUUAUGAAGUAAUUUUUUCUCAAUAAUUUAUUCUAGAUUGUUGUUGAAAAUGAAAAUUCCUUAUUUGGUAUUUCAAUCAUUUCAUUUGAUAAUAUUAAUAUUACUGCACUUCCAUCAUUUUUUUUAAAUUUUAUUGUCCUUAAGUCUGAUAGGGAUCAAUAACAGAUCUCCUUAUCCAAUACUAAAUAAAGUUCAAACAGUAUCUAUAUUAUUGGAUUGUAUAAUUUCAAUUCAACCUAAAUUCAAAAAAUUACAAUCACAAUUACGUAUUAAUAAUUUAUGAAAAUAGAAACUCUAUAAAAAAUGAAGAAUUUCCAUUUUGGGCUACAAUGCUUUUGUUGUCUAUUGUAAUCUUUGGCUUGAUACUUUUUAUUAUAAUACUAAGUAACUUUAGACAAUAAUACAAAAAAUUAACUCAAAUUAAACCUGCUUUGGAUAGAAAAGUUUUCUAAAAGUUUAUGCCAACUUUAAAAAUAGACUCUAAAAUGAUUUCAGAAACUUGUUCUGUUUGCCUCGUGCAAUUUGAACUAAAAGAAAAAUAUUGUCAAACCCCUUGUUAACAUUAUUUCCAUUAACAAUGCCUAUUAGAUUGGUAUUCAAAUAAUUUUAUUUUAUGAAAGGACUACAAAAUAGGCUAAUUGUCCAGUUUGUAGAUAAGGUUUACUUGAAAAUGAAAUCAUUUAAUUAUUGGAAGCAAAAAGCAACAGAAAUCGUGAAACAAAAGAGUUGAAUAUUUAGGAAGCAAUAAAAUCAAAGGAUAAUCCACCCCAAUCUUAAACUUAUAGGGAUUUACCAUUUCUUCAACUAUCAUCGUCUCCUUCUAGAACUUAGUAUAAAAUAGAAUUGGAUAAUUCACCUUAAGCAGGAAAUUCCCCAUAAAUUAUUUAAUUUGAUGGAUCUCCAUAAAAUCUAACAAAUCGAAAUCUUUGUUUUUAAUCAGAUGUAAUUGUAGAAUCAUAAAAUUGA